AUGACGUCCACGAGCGCCCCGCGCGGGACGAUGGGCGCCCGCAGGUCGCUCACGCGCGCGUACGAACGACACCGGAGACGCGCGCUCGGGGAGACGCACGAGGAUUUCGAUGCCGAGUCGCUCGGACGUGGGACGUCGCGCUUGCUCGAUGCCGCGCUGGGCGGUGGACGGAGCGACGACGCGGUGACGAUCGAUGUCCCGAUGCGAAUCGGGGGCGGACCGCGGUGGGUGGAACGGUGCGACGAGGCGUCGAGGAACGUGGAGCGGAUUCGGGAAAACUUGCGCGCGCUGCGGGACGCGCACGCCAAGGCGCUGUUACCGAAUUUCGAGGACGUCGGCGCCGAGGACGUCGUCGCGGAGUCGUUGACGAAGGAGGUGACAAAACUGUUCAAGCGGUGCGACGUGACGAUCCGAGGGGUGAGCGAGACCGGGGAGACGGGGGACGAAAAGGUGGUGACGAAUGCGCAGAGAAAGUUGGCUAUGGAGCUGCAAAGUCUAUCGCAGGAGUUUAGGAAGAUGCAGAAGGAGUACCUGGCGAAGCUCAAGUCACAGCAAGACCGUGGGCCCGGGGCGGCGGGCUUGGAUUCGUACGCGCAGUUUAGCGGCGGCGUGGGCACGAGCGAAAGUGCGCGAGGUGGCGGCGGAGACUUGAUGCGCAUGGAGAUGCUCAAUCGCGCGGAGACGACGAGCAUCGAACGCGAUCGAGAGGUGAUGAAAAUAUUAGAGUCCGUACGAGAUCUCGGCGGGGUGAUGAAGGAUCUGUCGGCGCUCAUUAUCGAUCAAGGCACGCUCUUGGAUCGUAUUGACUACAACUGCGAAACAGUCGCGGCGACCGUGGAGGAGGGUCGCAAGGAGUUAGUUCAGGCAGAGAAGUCGCAGAAACAGAGCGUGGCGAUCAUGUGCAUCUACAUUCUCUUAGUGAUGGUUGUGUUCAUGAUCUUCGUCGUCAUCGGGCUCAAGUCGUAA